AUGUUUAAAAUUUUUGGUGGAAUGAAUAGAAUUACAGAUCAUACUUCAUUGAUGGAUGAAUUACAAAAGAAUUUGGAAAAACAACAACAACAUUUCUUUGCAACAUCACAACAUUCAAAGACAAUUUCAGAAUCACUCAGAAAGUAUUCAGAGACAUCGUCGGGAUUCAACAGUAGAAUUCCAUUGAGUGAUUGUAUGCAACGUGCCACAGAAUGGCAGAACACAAUGAGUGACUGUUUCAAUCAUUUGGGAAAUGUGCUCUACGAUAGAACCACUCAGCCACUGAAAGAAACCAUUCGUAUUCAAUUGGAGAUGGUCAAAGAGGCCAAAAAGCGCUUGAAAAAGAUGGCUCCCGAGAACCAGUCGUCGUCGUCAAAGAUCGAUUUCCGCAAGGAGACCGAAGCCUAUGAGCGCGCCGCCAAAGAAACCGUACAGCUCUACAACGACUCGGAACUGGCACUGGAGAACUCGGCCGUACAAACCAUACUCUCUGCGUACGAGGCAUACUAUGACUUUUUCCAAAAGGGUGCAUUCCAGAUGGCCCGUAUCAAAGUGGAUAUCGACAACUACCGAAAGAUCAUAUUGGAAACAAACAAGGUCGCCGCCAAACUCAGAAACUAUAUACCGAGAAAAACAUUUGGAAUCAAGUUGGAGGAGGUGUUUGCACGUGAGGCACACCGUUCCAUUCCGAUGUUCCUCGAGGAGAUCUUCAAGUACCUCGAGAAGAACGCGCCUUCCGUCGAAGGUAUCUUUAGAAUUAGCGCAGGAAAAUCGGCAAUCGAAGCACUCCAACAAAAGAUUGAAACCAACCAGCCGUUGGAUCUCCACACUAUCCUCGAUACACAUGUAGUUUCUUCAGUUCUCAAAUCAUUUUUCAGAUCAUUACCAGAACCUUUAAUUUAUUAUUCAAAUUAUCAGAAAUAUCUAUCAUUAUCAAGUCAACCACAGAAUACACAUAUUACAGAGUUGAAAAGAUUGAUUUCAUCGCUGCCAGUUGCAAAUCAAAUUGUAUUGAAGAAUGUUUUUGCAUUGUGUAAUACUAUAAAGCAUCACAAGGAUGUGACAAAGAUGGAUUUGAAUAAUUUGGCAGUGGUGAUUGCACCGAAUCUAAUGGAAUCGAUUCCCAAUCUAAAGGCAGAGGAUAUUCAAAAGCCAGAGACCUUUGCAGAGUUCAAUUCAUUGUUUAUCUUGUUGGUGGAGAAUCACCAAUAUAUAUUCCCAUCGCAAUCGAAUCAAGAUCUCUCUGCCAGUAGAAUAAGAGCACAGACAGAGUCGGCCGUCUCAAAGCCACUGCCCGCCACACCACUAAAGUCAUCGACUGCCAACAUGUCACCGACAUUGACAUCCGUCUCCACUACACCGACAUCGACAUCAACACCCAAUCUCCAACAAGAAGUUGCAACCGAUUCAACACCACAUGCAAUACCUGUAUCAUCACCAACCAUCCCAACAGCAUUAACAGCAACAACAAACAACAAUAAUAACAAUGUACAAACACCACCAGAUCAUCAACAAAACAACAAUGAAAGUAGUAAUACACCAACAGUUUUUAGUCCAUCAACUACAUUAUUGAAUGAAUUGGAUCAAGAUACAGCUACAGUUAUAACACCUCCGCGAUUCUCCUCACCUAUGGAUAAGAAGAAAAAGAGUAUACUACUGACUAGAGACGAUGGUGACAUAUUAAAGCCAAUAGAUAUGCAGAUUCACUUUAUGAAUAUCAACAGUAACUUUACCAAACUUAAAACCAUUGUAGAAAAUAUUAAAACAACAGAAGAAGGAAUCUAUUUAAUUAAAUUAUCUAAAAAGAUUUCUGAUAUAUCAAGUAUAAUUCAAAGAAUUACAAAGUAUUCAUUCAAACGAGAUAAACCAACAGUACAUAUUGAUGAUGAUAAGAUUGCCAAAGCUAAAAAGACAUUGAUAUACACUCAUGACAAUAAUAUCGAUCUAAUUGAAGAUGCUAAAAUAAUUUAUGAAACCUGUGAAAAUAUCGAUAUCUGUAAAGAACUAGAAGAACACAUCGAACAAUUAGAUGCAAUUUUAAUUAGUGAAAUCGAUAUUAUCACAAGACAAUCAUCAUAA